ACCCAACCUUUGUUUCGCCCGGAACUAUUUUCAUGCGGAACAUAGUGGAGGUGUGACGUUUGCCGUGUGGAAGAAGCGGUUACUUCUUAUAAAUUCACUUCUGCUUUGAUCUCUUCUGUUGUCGGACUCCUGCCCACAAUGACAGACCGGUAUAACAUCCACAGUCAGCUGGAGCACCUCCAGUCCAAAUACAUUGGUACCGGACAUGCAGACACCAGCAAGUGGGAAUGGCUAGUGAACCAGCACAGAGACUCUUACUGCUCAUACAUGGGACAUUUUGAUUUGCUCAACUACUUCUCUGUGGCAGAGAAUGAGACCAAGGCGCGGGUUCGCUUCAAUCUAAUGGAGAAAAUGCUACAGCCUUGUGGACCACCAGCAGACAAACCAGACGAUGCCUAGUUUAAACAUGCUCAGGUCUUUUUCACAGAGGAUUUGUUGGAUUUCUUGAACGUAAUUGGACCACUCCUAAACUCAAACACAAUCUUAAAGACUGGCCAAAUCUGAUUGUACACCUAUUUUGCAAUUCUAAAUAUUUCUGUGGCUAAGGUUAAACUAUUUCAAAACAGUGUAAUUAUUAUUUUUCUACUUUGAAUCACAAUAUCUGUACAGGUAUAAGACCUUGUUCAUCUCAUGAUGUUUUUGUAUAACUUUUUCUCUUAAAAGUAGCAAUGUCAUUAAAAUGUUAUUAACA